GUGGCAUCAUUUUAUAUUGUCUCUGGUAAGUCAAUAUUCAUUUCUCGAUUUUAUUUCUAUUUUUAUGUCAUGGCAAUGGAUGGCGUAAAAUCUGUCCUCCUUUCAAUCAUUGAUCUGUGUUAAAUUCUGUAAUAACCUCAUUUAUUAAUAUUUACUACAACAAACGGCAUUUUAAAGAGGAAAAUAUGGCAAACACAGAUGAAACGACGAGCAACGAUUCCGCAGAAGAUAGAUUGGUGCCUAGUGAGAGCAAUGAUGCUGGGUUAUCACCUGAUAACGUCGAUAUUAAUGCUCAAAUUGAUGAACAACGUGCAAGAAUGCAGCCAACCAAAAUGGAAUCGUUUUUUGCUAUAACUAAAUCCUUGAUACUAAGGGCUUUGGUUGUGUAUUUCAUCACCUCAAUGUUCCGCCAGCCGGCUGCUCCUAAACCAGAAGUGAAUUCACCAACAGGGGCCCCAAGGCUUCCCUCCAUCAACAUGUUUUCUAAUGGGACAGAAUUAGACAUGUUUUGUUACUUAUCUGAAAAUGAGUUUUUUGGAAACUUUGAAGAUGCAAAGUUAAUUUGGAAGCAUGAGGGUAUUACCUAUGGAGAUUGGUAUGCAGGUCCAGACAAGGAUGGAACCUACACAUUUUCUACUACAAUUGAACCUUCACAUUCCUUAAGAAAUAAUGGCUCAAUUUAUCUUCAUGUGUUCAUAGUCCAAGCAGGAAAGUCACCUGACCCCAGGGACAAAGAAAACUAUGCUGGGGACUUCAUCACCUAUGGCAAAAAGAUGGUUAACAAGUACAAGAAGCUACGCUACAUGAAAACACAUAACUUACUGACUGGCCAGACUGAAAAGUCAGAGGAGGAACAAAAGAAAGCGGAGACUUUAAAAGAAGAAAUAGUAUCUCAUUGGCAUCCCAAUUUGACUGUCAACUUGGUGACAGAUCAGACCAAUUGGAUGCAAGGGAGUGUACCACCACCUCUAGACGAGUUCAUAUACUUUGUGCCUGAUGGCAAGUUCUACAAGCCAGCUGUUUUCCUAAAUGACUACUGGAAUAUGAUGAGAGAUUAUGUGCCAAUUAAUUCAUCUACAACUACUCUUGAUUUGCAGCUAACUUACCAGCCAUUGAGUUUGUUCAAAUGGCAGUUGUACACAGCACAAGCUAUGCGGGACAAGCUUAGUAUGUUUUCAGCUCUUGGGGCCGAGGAGCAAGAUGAGGAGCAGGACACUGUUAAGGAGCUGCUCCUGGACACCUCUCCAUAUCUGCUGGCACUCACCAUAUCAGUCUCUAUACUGCACUCAAUUUUUGAACUCUUGGCUUUCAAAAAUGAUAUUCAGUUCUGGAACAACCGGCAAUCACUUGAAGGCCUCUCUGUGAGAUCAGUAUUUUUCAAUGUUUUCCAGUCAACUGUUGUACUAUUAUAUGUUUUGGACAAUGAGACUAAUGUUAUGGUUAGAAUUUCAUGUUUCAUAGGUUUAUUGAUUGAAAUAUGGAAAAUUAACAAAGUGAUGGAUGUAAAAAUUAACAGAGAACACAGAAUACUUGGUAUACCAACAUUGAAUUUCACAGACAAGGGAUCCUAUGUGGAAUCGAGCACUAGGGAGUAUGAUACUCUGGCAUUCCGCUAUCUCAGCUGGGCAUGCUUCCCUCUGCUUAUUGGUUAUGGAGUUUAUUCCCUACUUUACCAAGAACACAAGGGAUGGUAUUCUUUCGUUCUUAAUAUGAUGUAUGGAUACCUCUUAACUUUCGGAUUUAUCAUGAUGACGCCGCAGUUGUUUAUCAACUACAAACUCAAGUCAGUUGCACACCUGCCAUGGCGAAUGAUGACAUACAAGUUCUUGAAUACAUUUAUUGAUGAUAUAUUUGCAUUUGUGAUAAAAAUGCCAACAAUGUAUCGUAUAGGCUGUUUCCGUGAUGAUAUUGUAUUCUUUAUAUUCCUGUACCAACGUUGGAUCUACAAGGUGGACCAUAAGCGGGUGAAUGAGUUUGGAUUCUCUGGUGAGAUGGAGCUGCAGCAAAGCCAGGAGAAGAAUGGCACUCCUGCCAUAACAGAAGGCGAGCCUGCUGACAAGAAGAAUGACUAAGGCUUUUUGCCUGAAAUAUUUAUAAUAUUGUUGUUAUCAGUACAUUUCUGUCCUUAAUCUAAUAAUUGAAAUUGGGCAAACAUAUUUAUUAUAAUCUAGUUAAUACGAUAUAUCUUACAUGAUGCUGGUGUAAGCUAAGGAAAGUAAAGAUUUGUACUAGGAAUUCAGUUGAAAAUUCUAGCAUAAUUCUUUACAGCUUGUGUUAUGUACAUGGGUAUGUCCAUGCCAUUGCUGUUUUUAUUUACAUAAUAUGUAUGAAGUGCGUCUUGUGGAUGAGUGAUCCUUAUGUCUUGGUUUAAUUAAAUUUGCAUAUGAAUUAAAGUAUUAUACAAUGUCUUGUGAUUAAAUACCUACGUACAAACAUUCUAUUAAGGUUACCAAAGAACUUAUCUUUGUUCUAGUUUUAUUCAAAUUCUGACAGUAUUUUGUAUAUGUUCCAGAGGUUAGAAUAGGAGGCCACAAUUCUUGCAAGGGACAUUAAGAAAUACCCUUAAUACUUAGUUAUCUCAGGCUCUACGAUGAAGAGCAUAAGGACGAUGUUUCAAUACCUACCGCCUUGGAUUGUUUACGCAAGAACGUGGCCCGCUUUUUUAAAGAUUUUAUCAUAUCAUUCUUUACACUUUUUUCUGAUCUUUAAAAUAUCGAAAAUUGUUACAGAUUUUUAGUUAGGAUUGUUAAGGUUCAUUGAAUUUAUUCUUUAAUAAUAUAAAGUAUUUUUAGCAGGGUAAAAGAACCAGCGACUUAAUGAAAAGGAUUUGAUUUCACUUGAAUGUGCGUCUCGUGAUGUAACUAUACUCUGUAUCUUUAGGUAUUUAAAUAAAAGUAAACAAAAUCUACCCUCAAAUGGCUCCUUAAGCCAGUUGAGGGUAGAUGAAAACAUUACAUGACGAGGAUUAAGUCAGGCCGUUCAGUCACAGAUCCGGGCGGUUUUGUAUUUGGUUGGUUAACCAAUACAUGUUAUGACUACCCGAAAAUGUACAAAUUGUUUGUUUACUCUUAUUUAAAUACCUAAAGAUACAGAGUAACUAUGCUGCAUUUUGAUAGUUUAAUUAAUUUUAAUUAGUCUGCCUAGACUGUAAUAGUUACUUGUUCAAUAAGGAAACAAAGUUAUUGUUUACCUUCGCGCUAAUAUUGAGAGCCGAGCAAGCAAAGAUCCCAAAAUUUAAAAAUGAUUUUAAAGAUGAGCGUAGCGAGUGCCUUCAAAUUCGAGUCUAGAAUUCUUGCGAGGGUUUUGAGGCACGAGAGGUGAAUACUUAAAAAAGCAUCCUAGCUGGAUAGUCAAAAAUCCUAAAAUUGCACUUGAGACGAUAAAAACUUUGCUUACCAAUUUAAAGAAUAAAGAGCUUUCCAAGCGUGUGUGGUAAAAAUUAUUGGUAGUGGUACACAUCUGUUCCAAUUUCAUAAAUAUUUUUGUGGUUUAUUUUAGAAUAUCAAGAUGUUUGAUAAUUUAUACCUACUUUCGACAAUUUUCAUCACUACUUACGACGCACUUGGUCAAGUGCUUGCAUAUUCUCUACUUAGGGGAAUCUUAUUUCAAGUAUCUACAUUAUUUCAUUCUCUUAUCGUUACUCAAUUAUUUCAGUAUUUGUUGUUCGAAUAUUAUCAAUUUUGUUAAAACAUUUUAAAGUAUUAUGGAAAUAAAUGGGUAUAGUGUGCGGGAAGUAAGGCGAUGCGAUGGAGGAUCGUACAGUCACAAUCAGAUAUAUCGGAGCGGCCGAGGUGCCUCUAUUGUCAAGGCGCUAGAGUGCCUGCCGCUCUGAUAUAUCUGAUGGCGAUCGUACAGCCGAGUGCCUACAGCGAAUAUCGAUCGAUCGUUCGUUCGUCCAUUUUGUUUCUCUAUCGCUCGAGUAUUUAAGAUCGAUAGGUUAAUAAACGUGCGAUCGUUCAAAAAUGUUAGCAGUAGAACCUCUGACUGCGACCCGCAGCGAUCCAUGCUCCUUACUUACCGACUGUUAUACUGUAAAAUGUGA